CGCGAGCGAGCGUUUCGGCAAGCCCAGCUGGGCGGCCUACAGGCGCUCGUUCCAGUAUUGCAGUAGUUCCGUAGAAUUUUAGUAUACUUCAGUGGUUCCACAGAUGGUUCUCUCCAGGUUCCAGAGUUGGCAUGUAUUUCAGUCAAAUGGAACAAGUUUGAAAUUUAGCGAGAGCGAGAACGGACGUAAAGUAAAAGUUAAAGUUGUAGUUGGAUAUAGGCUCAAGCUCCAGUAGUAGAGUCUAGUGCAAUGUGCAAUGAAAAAAGUGCGCGGCAAUAAAAAAUGAGCCGACUAUCGAUAAUAUCGAUAUCGAUCAUAUCGAUGUGUCAAAUGUGCCAAAUGCUCCAAAAUGUGUGCAACGGCAAACUGCAAAUGUGUUAAAGUUGUCAAACGGCUUGAAAGAGUUGAAAGAGAGAAUCACGACGGUGACGGGGGUGGUGAUGGCAUCUAACAACGAAUCUCAAAUCCUCGCCGUGAUCGGUGAUCGUGAUCUGAUGACAGGCGGUAACGAGUAUGCGCAGCUGUCGUUACCGUUGUCACAGUCGUCGAGUAAAUCUGGUAAGCCCUAAACCCUAAACCCUAAACCCUAAACCCUAAACCCUAAACAACGAUAAAACGAUCGCGUUUCUACGUAUGUAUGUACAUUCAACAACGUCGGGCUGAUCGCUGAUCGCGCUGAUGGUCGUGAAAAGAUCAGAGCCCUGGCCAAAGAGACAUACACAAGAUCUGUCGCAUAAACCGCGUUCUCGAUGUCGAUGUCGUCCGCGACACGUUUAGCUUUAGCUCGUAUGUGUCACCUGGAACUGGAAGUAACGCACCAUCACCGUAGCUCGUCGUUGGCGGGACAUGUGCUCGAGAGCUUUUCAGCUUUCUCAAGAUUCACGUAUCUCGAGUCUUCUUUGUCACCUGCGAUGACGCCGCGAGCUUUUUAAACAUGUGAUAUGACUUGAUUAUCACUGACCAGUGACCACGUUCCAGGGCCACGAACGAUCAAGUCCGAUGACUUUCAGUAGAAGCAUGCAUGUAUAUGGAACAUGGGAAGACGCGUUAUAUAUAUAUAUAUAUAUAUAUGCUCGAGUAUUCUUCUACCUUAGAAAAUAUGCGAGAUUGUGUGUAGAUUUACAGAAUUAUUAGAACGUGAAUAAACACAAAAAAUGAUGAUACUAGACUUUUGUUGAUGAGCUUGUAACGAACAUCAGACUAUACUCUCGUACAAUGGAUAUUGGCGUUGUCAAAAUUGCAGAAGAUAAAGAUUUUGAGAAAUUGAAGCAGUUGUAUGACGAUAAUAACAACUGGAAAUUAGAUUAUAACAAGCCUGAUCUAUCUGUUUGGACAAAAUCCGUCCCAGGAAUUAGUUUUAGAAUGGUGAAGAUUAGAACGCGUUUCCCCGAUAUUUCACCAGAAACCCUGUACGACGUUUUACACGAUCCUGAAUAUAGAAAAGUUUGGGACACUCAUAUGAUUGAAUCGAAAGAUAUAGGGUUUUUUAAUCCAAACAACGAUAUUGGUUAUUAUUCCAUGGCAUGUCCGUCUCCGUUAAAAAAUAGAGACUUUGUCCUGCAACGAUCUUGGUUAGAUACCGGUAUAGAGCAAUUGAUAUUGAAUCAUUCCGUUUAUCACAAAGAUUACCCACCUAGGAAACACUUUGUACGAGCAACGUCUUACCUCACAGGCUAUAUUGUAAGGCCUUCGCGCAAUGGAGACGGUUCCGAGUUGGGUUACGUAUCGCACACAGAUCCACAUGGCAAAUUACCUGUGUGGCUCGUUAAUAAAGUUACACAAAUAUUUGCCCCUAAAAUGGUAAAAAGAUUGCAUAAAGCCUCUGUGGGCUACCCAAGCUGGAAAGUACUUAAUAAUCCAAAUUUUAAGCCUUGGCAUUAUCCUGAGCAAAUAAUGGCACCUAGAAUACGUAUCGAAGAAUGCGUAAAAUCUGCAGAAGAGAAGAAUUCAAAAUAUAAUUAUGUAGACGAAUCUGAUUUAAAGGAAAGUUUGAUUAGAGAAUCUGUCGCAAUGGAUAGCGAUUAAUUUAUAGCGAUAUAAUAGAGAGACAUGAGGAUUUUUAGGUAAGUAGGAUAAUAGUGACUGGAAUAAUAAAAACAGUGUAAUGGAAAGUUUUAGUUGCAGUAUUACAGAUGAAACGUAACGGACACGUUGUACACGUAUUAACAAGUUCGAUUUGCAUACGUCUUACAUGAUAAAUUUUAAUUACACAUAACGUAACAUUUAAUAUUAUAUAACGUUAAAAGUUAAGGCCACACAGUUAUCAUGGCGUGAAAUCGCCUUAUGUGCGGACACGGCUGUAUGUAAACACGUCAAUAAGAAAACUAUCGGUGGCCUGCUUUGCAUUAGGCACUACGUUCAAGCCAAGUAAUGUUGUUGGUAUUGUUAAAGCGCGCAAAUACAAGUAUAAUAAGAAGAUGCCGCACAAUAUGGAAGGUAUACUUGAAACUCUUUUUAUAAUUUAUAUCACAGUGCGAGGUCGCGUAUGCCUUGAUAUAACCAUCUGAUCCAUCUUCUAUAUUGUGGACAUUGUAUACGUUAUUGUUACUUAUUAUACAUAUAUUACUAAAUCUUAAAAAAAAAUUAUAUAUAUAUACAUACAUACACAAAGUACGUGCAACUUUUUCUAGUAUCAAAGAAUGUAAUGCGAGUAGAGUUGGUAACAAGUUUUCAAAUGCUUUGAUAAAAAUCGGAAGAUUCAGCUAUAGCACUUCCGUCAAAGCGACAUGGAUGAAAGCGACGUUGUUGUAAAGGACAUGUUUGUUUUUAUUGUAAAAAACAGAUGGGCAUUUUUUUUCUAUCCGCAGAUGCCUAGAUGUUACACGUUUAACGUAAAACAAACGGCUUAAUAUCGAUAAAUUCGAGUAUACAUAUACGCACACAUAACUCGACCGAUUCUCCACGUGUCAUUUUAAUAGAGUUUUAUUCGUAAUGUUUAUAAUUGUUUACCACUUCUUUUGGCAAGUGUGCCAAGAAGGCGUACGAACAAAAAUGCGAGUAUAAAUGAUAAAUGGUACCACAUUUCUUUCAUAGUCUCCUGAUUUUACGUAUAGUAAAUAUGUGGGAGAGAGUUAGUGUAAGACCCGUGUCAAACUUGAACAGUGUAUUAAGAAGGUGAAAAGGAACAACGUUUCGUGUUUAAGGUUCGAUCGAUACCGCAAAAACAAAAGAUUCGGGCAACGCGGCGUUGAAAGGUGCAGAUAGGAGAAAGUAAGCAAAAAAAAAAAAAAAAAAAAAAGAUGGCAGAUUAUAUAUGUUCGCCAAGUUUGAGACAAACAAUUUUUAGAAAUACUUUGUAUGGUACAUUUCACUAUACAAAUGGAUGUAUGCUAAUUUAAUUAAUUAUUAACCAACUAACAACGAGACGGCCUAGAAACUUGUAGAUAUACCGUAAGGCUAAAACUUGAUAUACACAUAUACGUCAAAUCUUAAUUUUUACAUUUCUUCGGUCUUUGGAAAAUAUACAAGAUCUACGCAAUAAAUAUUUAUAGGGCGUAAUCGAUUACUUUGUAAAGGUCACAAUAAAACGUUUUCAAACGGCUUUAUUUAAAUAAUUAUUAUACAUAUAUACAGAGAAGAGGUUAUUCAUAUAGAGAGUCAAGUACAGUAUCGAUAAUGCAAAGUGAAGGAAAAGUCGAGAGCAAUAUUGACUCUGUUAUAAAGAGGACUUUGAAAAGCGAGGCCUGUGCAACCCUGCAAAUUUACGAAAUUUACGAAUUAUUUAAUAUUUAAUUUUUAUUGUCUAGCUUUCUUUCCCGUGAAAUGGCAAUGAAAUGAAAUAUGUAUAUCAUCGACUAAAAUAUGUGUGUCAUCGGCAAGUUUUUUAGGGAAGCAAACGGUGUAACAAAAUUCGCUUCACAAUCUCGUAUUUCCUUUAUUAUAGGUUUUCAUAAUUCGCGGGCGGCGAGUAUUUUAAUAUUAAUGAGGCAGUAUUGAUCAUUAUAUAAUUCUCUUGAAUACAUAAUCUUAUCUUAUGAA